AUGAAGGCUAUUUCACUUUGGCUUGUAACAUGCACAGCUGUUUCUAGUGCCCUUCUCUUCCAUCCAGAAAAACACAGUGAAGAAGAUGCAAAGCUUGUACAGAACUACUUGAAUAAAUUCUAUGCUGUUGAGCCAGAUCCAAAUCAACUUGGAUGGAAAAUAAAUGCUGAAUCCGCAGCUGAAAAACUUCAGAAAAUGCAACAAUUUUUUGGUUUGAAAGUGACUGGAAAACUGGAUAAUGAGAUAUUGGAAAUGAUGAAGAAACCUAGGUGUGGAGUUCCCGAUGUAGGUCUCUAUGGUUUCACUCUGCCUGGAUGGAAAAAAAACAAACUGACAUACAGAAUUGUGAACUACACACCAGAUAUGAGCAAGGAGGAUGUGGAUAAAGCAGUUGAGAAGGCAUUUAAAGUGUGGAGUGCUGUCACCCCACUGAUUUUCACUCGCAUCCAUAUGGGAAUAGCAGAUAUAAUGAUUGCUUUUGGGAAAAAAGUUCAUGGACAUUGCCCUCGCUAUUUUGAUGGACCCCUUGGAGUUCUUGCUCAUGCCUUUCCACCUGGCACUGGUUUAGGUGGUGAUGUACACUUUGACGAGGAUGAAGACUGGACCACAGGCUCAGCUGGGUUCAACUUGUUCCUUGUUGCUGCUCAUGAGUUUGGUCAUGCCUUGGGUCUCUCCCAUUCUAAUGAUCAGAGGGCUCUCAUGUUCCCCAAUUAUGCCUACAUCAGCCCCAGUGAAUUUCCCCUCUCUCCAGAUGAUAUAAGUGGCAUUCAGUCAAUUUAUGGAUCCCCACCAAAUGCCCCAGAUAAAAGGCCGACCACCCCUACCUCACCUAAAAUCUGUGCCUCCCAGAUGUCUUUUGAUGCUGUAACUACACUCCGACAAGAAGUCAUUUUUCUAAAGGGCAGGCACUUAUGGAGGGUAUAUCCCGAUAACUCAGAAGCUGAACGUGAAUUAAUUUCUGCCUUCUGGCCAAAUCUGCCUCCUGGUAUUGAAGCUGCAUAUGAGAACACAAAAGAUCAGAUCCUACUUUUCAAAGGCAACAAAUUCUGGGUUAUCAGCGGAUAUCAGGUGUUGCUUGGUUAUCCAAAGAAUAUCAACACACUGGGCUUUCCUAAAGGUGUCAAGAAAGUUGAUGCAGCUGUUUGUAAUAAAAAUACAGGGAAGACAGACUUUUUCACAGGUGACAAGUACUGGAGGUUUGAUGAAAACAGCCAGUCCAUGGAGAAGGGUUUUCCUAGACUGACAAUCGAUGAAUUUCCAGGAAUUAGUCAGAGGGUUGAUGCUGUUUUUCAACAGAAAGGAUUAUUCUACUUCUUCCAUGGAUCAAAACAAUGGGAGUUUGACCCUAUUGCUAAAAAAGUUAUCAGAGAAAUGAAGAGUAACAGCUGGUUUCACUGUUAGCAUCAUUAAACUUUCUUACAUUCACUGAAAGACAAUAACUACCAUUCCAUAGAUCUCAGAAAUUGGUUGCA